GGAGAACAUGUGGCCGGAUCGGCUACUUUGAAGCUGAUAUUACGGUAUGAUAUUUAAAGUAAAUUAAUGGAUAAAGUAAAUUUAAUGUCAGGCUUUCAGGUACCUCAACGCCCCGCCUUCUUGCUGUCGGUACCCGGGAAGGGGAAGUGACGCACAUCCGGUGUAAUGGCGGCUCGGUGGAGCUCUAGGUGAUGUUUACAGACAAAAAGUAAACUGUCAAGGAAUUCAAACCAUCGGAUACUUAUUAUUUGGACCAAGUCUUUGAUUUAUUGGAUCAACUAGCAACAGAAAAUGAAAAGUAGUGUGGCACAGAUAAAACAUUCCUCUGGUCAUGAUAGAAGAGAAAACUAUAAUUCAUAUCAGAGGACCUCCUCUCCAGAAGACAGGUAUUCAGAACAAGAACGAUCCCCCCGAGACAGAGACUACUUUGAUUAUGGCAGGUCAGACUAUGAACAUUCAAGAAGAGGACGUUCUUAUGAUGAUAGCAUGGAGUUGCGAAGUAGGGACCGAGAAAAACGUAGAGAAAGAGAAAGAGAAAGAGAAAGAGAAAGAGAUAUGGAUCGGAAAAGGUCCCGAAAAUCUCCAUCUCCUGGGAGAAGAAGCCCAGAACCACCAGUAACCCAGAGUUCCUCUGCUCAGGAUGAACCGACUGCAAAGAAAAAGAAAGAUGAGCUGGAUCCUCUUCUCACCCGCACUGGUGGAGCCUAUAUUCCUCCUGCAAAGCUCAGGAUGAUGCAAGAACAGAUUACAGACAAAAACAGCUUAGCAUACCAGAGGAUGAGCUGGGAGGCCCUAAAGAAGUCAAUCAAUGGUCUUAUCAAUAAAGUCAACAUUUCUAAUAUAAGUAUUAUCAUUCAAGAGCUUCUCCAAGAAAAUAUAGUUAGAGGAAGAGGCCUGCUGUCCAGAUCUGUUUUGCAAGCACAGAGUGCUUCUCCAAUAUUCACCCAUGUCUAUGCAGCAUUAGUAGCAAUUAUCAACUCAAAAUUUCCACAAAUUGGAGAAUUAAUUCUCAAGAGGCUAAUACUUAACUUUCGUAAAGGAUAUCGAAGAAAUGAUAAGCAACUUUGUCUGACUGCUUCAAAAUUUGUGGCACAUCUUAUUAACCAAAAUGUGGCACACGAAGUUUUAUGCUUAGAGAUGCUCACUUUACUCUUGGAAAGACCAACAGAUGAUAGUGUUGAAGUCGCUAUUGGUUUUCUCAAGGAAUGUGGCCUCAAGUUAACACAGGUGUCACCAAGAGGAAUCAAUGCAAUAUUUGAACGCCUUCGAAACAUUCUGCAUGAGUCUGAAAUUGACAAAAGAGUUCAGUAUAUGAUUGAAGUGAUGUUUGCUGUACGGAAGGAUGGAUUCAAGGAUCACCCAAUUAUCCUAGAAGGACUUGACUUAGUAGAAGAAGAUGAUCAGUUCACCCACAUGCUGCCUUUGGAGGAUGACUAUAAUCCCGAAGAUGUUCUUAAUGUUUUCAAGAUGGACCCUAAUUUUAUGGAGAAUGAAGAGAAGUACAAAGCUAUUAAGAAGGAAAUUCUUGAUGAAGGAGACAGUGACUCAAAUACAGACCAAGAUGCUGGAAGUAGUGAAGAGGAGGAGGAAGAGGAGGAGGAAGAAGGAGAAGAAGAUGAAGAAGGACAGAAAGUAACAAUUCAUGACAAAACUGAAAUUAAUCUGGUUUCAUUUCGACGUACAAUUUAUCUUGCUAUUCAGUCCAGUUUAGAUUUCGAAGAAUGUGCUCACAAAUUGCUGAAAAUGGAGUUUCCUGAAAGUCAAACAAAAGAACUCUGUAACAUGAUACUUGAUUGCUGUGCCCAACAAAGGACAUAUGAAAAAUUUUUUGGCUUAUUAGCUGGGCGAUUUUGCAUGCUAAAAAAAGAAUAUAUGGAAUCCUUUGAAAGUAUAUUCAAGGAACAGUAUGAUACCAUUCAUCGCUUGGAAACAAACAAAUUGAGAAAUGUUGCUAAGAUGUUUGCUCACCUCUUAUACACUGAUUCACUUCCAUGGAGUGUUCUUGAAUGUAUAAAACUGAGUGAAGAAACAACUACAUCAUCUAGUAGAAUUUUUGUCAAAAUAUUUUUCCAGGAGCUCUGUGAAUACAUGGGUCUUCCUAAACUUAAUGCAAGAUUAAAGGAUGAAACCCUUCAGCCAUUCUUUGAAGGAUUAUUACCCCGAGAUAAUCCAAGAAACACUCGAUUUGCCAUCAACUUCUUUACCUCUAUAGGUCUUGGAGGUUUAACGGAUGAAUUGCGUGAGCAUCUCAAAAAUACACCGAAGGUCAUUGUCGCACAGAAACCAGAAGUUGAACAAAAGAAAUCCUCGCCAUCCUCCUCUUCAGCAUCCUCUUCUUCAGAGUCUGACUCCUCUGACUCUGAUUCCGACAGUAGUGAUAGCAGUUCAGAGUCAUCCAGGGAGGACAGCGAUUCUUCCUCUAGCAGCAGUCAUACCUCUGUCUCAGCUAAAGAUGUGAGAAAGAAAGGACAAGGGAAGACCAGAAGUAAAGAAGUAGAUAAAUUGAUCAGAAACCAACAAACAAAUAAUAGGAAGCCAGAAGAAAGAAGGCUAGAGCAAAGGCACCAGGAAACAAGAACUGAGAGAGAAAGAAGAUCAGAAAAACACAGAGAUCAAAAUUUAAGAGAUACAAAUUGGAGAGAUUCAGUAACAAAAUACCCGUCAGACAGAGGUGUUCCUUUUGAACGAAAUAGUUACAGUAGAGUUGUGAAUGACAGAGACCAAGAGAUGCAUAUUGACUUGGAAAAUAAGCAUCGUGAUUCUCAUAAGAAGAGGGGAGAAAGGAGAGAUUCUUUUUCUGAAAAAGAGAAACACAGGAACCGAAACAAGGACAGUGAAAAUAUUAGAAGAAAAGAUAGAUCAAAGUCAAAGGAAAGGAAUAGAAAACAUUCAGAUUCUAGAAGUGAUGAAGAUAGAUACCAGAAUGGUGCUGACAGGCGGUGGGAAAAAUCUAAUAGAUACUCUGAACAAUCCAGAGAAUCAAAGAAAAAUCAGGAUCGACGAAGAGAAAGGUCUCCGGCAAAGCAAAAAUAAUUCCAUAAGUCACGAUGGAAACUGGACAUGCCUUAUAUUCAUUUGAAACAAAUUAUUUUUUACAUCGAUUGACGAACUUUAUAGGGAAUUCUUGUAUAAAGUACAGGUUUGUAUUUGUAAAUUUUAAACUGUUUUCACUUCAACAUGUUUUAUAAUUGAUGCAGCUCCAGGACCUCUACGUAAAAUUAUUUGAAAAGAAAAUUUUCACCAGAAAGGAAUGUAAGUCUUGCUUAUAUUUUGUAAAUAAAAUGAUCAAAUGCUCA